UAAUAACAAAAAUGAAACGAUAUAAAGCUAUGCACAGAACUGCACCUGCCAUUUCACAAAAUGUUGCUCUUCCAAGCGUUAUUUCUGUUCGCUGCCUUUGCAUCUUCAACGACUCAGCAAGAUCUGUUCACCACAGAUUUUGUCUGGGAUGUCGUCAAGACCAGCUUCAACGAGCGCCAGAACAUGGUCCUCUCGCCGUUCGUGAUUCGCGCCGGAAUGACGAUGAUGGCUAGUUCGGUCAACAGUCACUUUACGAUGCAAAAGCUGAGCCAAAAGCUUCGGCUGCAGGGUGUCAGCAUGGCGGCGGUGCUGGAGCAGUUCCGGCGCCGGCUGCAGCUGCUGGCCAUGGACCGGGAUGUGCGAAUCGGCACCAAGGUGUAUGUGUACGGUACGAGCGACCUUAAUCCGAACUUUGCCGCUGGAGUGCGCUACUUUAACGCGGGUGUUGAGAAACGUGCCCAGUUGGAAGUUGCUCAGUUGGUUAGGGAGGCCAACGAUUGGGCGAACCGGACGACCUCGGGAAUGGUCACUAGGGUGGUAAAGUCUAGUGAUAUUCGAGACAACACCCGAUUGGUUCUGCUGAAUGCGAUCACGUUCCGUAGCGAGUGGCAACAUCGAUUUGAGCUGAAAAACACCAGGAAGGAGUUGUUUUACUCUACCGGGACAGGCCAGCCGUUCAUGACCGAUAUGAUGAACCUUCGGAGCAUUGAACUCCCCUAUGGAUACUAUGAACCGCUGAACGCUCUCUCGAUAGAACUGCCGUUCAAAACCGGUAGCGAUUACUCCUUGGUGGUGAUCAUCCCGGUUGAUAAAAGUGGCAAUUUGACUCAGCUAGUACAAAACCUGGAUCACGAAACUUUCAAAAAAAUACAAAACAGUAGAAUCAAACAAUCGGUACACGUUAAACUUCCCCGGAUCAAGCUCACCGCCGAGGUGAAUGUGAACGACGUUUUCCGGAAGUUGCACCUGACGGCACCGUUCGAGUGGUCCGUGUUUCAGGUGUUCAAGGACGAGAAGCUGGCCCUGGAUAAGGCCAUGCAAAGCGUUUCGGUGGAAAUUGACGAGAGAGGGGCUCGAGCUGCGGCGGUUUCCAGUAUGUCAUUCACCAGCAGAAGUGCUACUCCGACGUUCUAUGCUGAUCAUCCCUUCCUGUAUGCGAUUGUGAAAAAAUCUCAACAGUAUCCGUUAUUUCCGAGCUAUCAUCUACAACUCAGUGUUGAAACAACCGUUAGUGCGCUACUACUAGUCAGGAUGAAAGUCUCAGUGCGAUCAAACAGGGUGUUGGCUUGCGUAGUGCUAUUUGCUUGCGCAGCAACUCACAUUCAAGGAUAUGCUAUCGAAGGACAAGAUUUUGCAACUCGAUCGACCAAGUUUACUCUGGAUUUCUUCCGGAAAUCAUUCAACGCCAAUGAAAAUACAGUAAUGUCCCCGAUAUCCGUCCAGUCAACGCUGGCCCUGCUGUACCACGUGGCCAGUGAAAAUGCCGCCACCGAUAUGCAACGCAUCCUCGAAUUACCACCGACAGCCGACCAACUUAUCCCGGAUCUUCGCCGAUUCCUCGGUCGUACCAAUAACAAUGUUCUCAAAAUGGUAUCCAAAGUGUACCACAGCCAGGAAGAGCUCAAUCCGGAGUUUCUACCAGUGCUGCAGGAGGCCCUCGAUGUGCAAGUGGAAUCGACUGACUUUACCCAAAAACAGCAGGUUGCUGAUUCUGUGAACCAGUGGGUUGAUCACUCUACCAACGGAAUGAUUACCGAUCUGAUAAAUCCCGACGAUAUCCGCGAUGACGAGCAAGUGAUUUUGUUGAACGCGAUCACUUUGAACGCUCGGUGGGAAAUUCCGUUCAUGACCGUGCCCUGGAAGAGGACAUUCCAUUUUGUGAACGGAGAUCGCGAGAUCGACAUGAUGACCGAAAUGGACGAUUACGCGUACGCUGAGGUGGAUAACCUAAAGGUGCUGGAGAUACCCUACGAAGAGCAUACGGACCUUUCGAUGGUGAUGAUUAUGCCGACCAAGGGAUCGCUGGAAGAUUUAAUGAAGCGAUUCAACAUGAAACUCUACAAGAAGCUGAACAGUGCAAUGCGCGUUACAAAGGGAAACAUUGAGAUUCCCAAAUUUACGAUAAACUCCAAAAUUCCGGCGAAGGACAUCCUGGAAAAGAUGGGACUGGGAUCUGCCUUCGGUGUGGAUGCUUUCGACGUGUUUGUGAAAAAGGGAGCCCAGCUUUCCGAGCUGAGGCAACGUGCAGUUAUCAAUGUUUUCGAAGGAGGCACCACGGCUGCUGCCGUCACGGAAGGACGCAUCGUAUUGCUGUCCGGACCAUCGUACGAGUUCAUCGCUGAUAGACCGUUUGUGUACCUCAUUCGAAGGCAAUCAACCGAGGAGAUAUUCUUUAUUGGACAUUUCUCGCAUCAUGAAUAGAUUUCAUAAUUAGGUUAAUAAUUUAUUAUUUAUUCAAUAAAACUUAAGUAAGCUGCCAUGUGA